AUGAGCAAACAAAAACCAACAACAACUGUUAUCAGUGGUGCAGCAGCGAUGCCUAGCACCACCGCUAUCACCAACGUGAACAAUCGUGCUGCUGCUGUGCUGCUUCCAUCUAGGCGUCGAGUGCUUCAAAACUUUCUACUGGUAUGGCUUGAUACCGAUUUCGAUGAAUUCAAAGACGAUUAUAAAAAAUCAAUACAACAUUUACGAAAUAUUGUAGAAACAGUCACAACAUUUACAGACAUUGACGAAUGUAUUGAUUUUCUAAGUGAUAUUGAAAAUGAAAAUGUAUUUAUGAUUGUCUCUGGUAUCCUAGGACAACAUCUAAUACCGCUAAUUCAAGAUUGCCCACAAUUAGUCUCAAUUUAUAUUUUUUGCGAUAACCAAGUGAUUCAUGAACGAUGGGCAAAAAUAAUGGCUAAAGUAAAAGGUGUAUACGCACAAAUUGAGCCGAUUUGUGAAGCAUUACAAAUCGAUCGAGGAAAUUGUGAUCGAGCCAUGAUCUCGAUCAGUUUUAAUGGUAUUGAUCCGUUAUUUAUGUAUACACAAUUUUUAAAAGAAGCACUUUUGGACAUAGAAGAUGAUGAUGCAAAUUCGAUUAAAGAACUCGUUGAAUACUGUCGUCUUCAAGGCGAUGCUUCCGAAAAAACGAUUGAAAAGAUUGAAGAAGAAUAUCAUAAUCAUUCACCCAUUUGGUGGUACACAGGUCCAUAUUUUAUCUACUCAAUGCUCAAUUGUGGUCUUCGACAAAUGGAUGUCGAUAUUAUCAUGAAGAUGGGUUUCUUCAUUCGCCAUUUACAUAACCAUAGGUGUUAUUCAGAAAUCACACAUUCAUCCAUGUGA